AUGACCGACCGCACGGACGCCAACCUGCGCGCCUCGUCGCCUUCCAAUAAGUUCAGCAGCAGCAGCAGCAAAGGCGCGGCCAACUUCCGCACGGAGGAGAUUCGGGGUUAUUUGCUGAAAAAAACGCGCGAAGGCAAGUGGCAGAAGCGCUGGUUCGAGACAAAUGGCUGCUUCCUCACGUACUACAAGAAACAAGACGGCCCCGGUCUUUUUACUAUUGAACUGAACGAGCGCGUGUAUACGAUCAAAGCGAGCUCCCAUGAUGAAGCCGCAUUUUGGGUCGACGCGCUGCUUUGGCGUCAAGCUGGCGGCAUGGUCAAAAAGUCGUUGGAGGUGAACAAGCAGACAGUUGGUGACGUGCCCUCGAUGGAUCUGGCAGAUAGUGUCUGCAGCUCAGCAGCUUCUACUCCUACCAACUCUAUGUACGCGGAAAAGAUGGGCCUGCAUCACGCAGACGUGAUGUCUAUCAAUCCGGAUAAUGUGGGCAAAAAUGGAGCUCCGUGUGCAGCCUGCUGCGUUGUGCAAUAA